GUGGACCAUGAGCUUCAACAGAUCAUUCGAGAUAAUCUCUACCUCCGCACAGUGCCAUGUACCACAAGGCCACAUAAGGAGGGUGAGGUCCCUGGUGUGGACUAUAUUUUCAUCACCGUUGAAGACUUUAUGGAACUAGAGAAAAGUGGUGCUCUCCUAGAAAGUGGAACAUAUGAAGAUAAUUACUACGGUACCCCAAAGCCUCCUGCAGAACCAGCUCCCUUAUUGUUAAAUGUAACAGACCAGGUACUUCCAGGAGCUACACCAAGUGCCGAAGGAAAACGUAAGAGGAAUAAGUCAGUUAGCAACAUGGAGAAAGGAGGGAUUGAGCCUCCUGAAGAGGAGGAGGAGGAACAGCCUGUGGUCAAUGGAAAUGGGGUAGUAGUAACUCCAGAAUCAAGUGAGCAUGAAGACAAGAGUACAGGUGCCUCAGGUGAGAUGCCUUCCCAGCCUUAUCCUGCGCCAGUAUACACUCAGCCUGAGGAAUCGAAGGAGGAUAUGGAUAUAGUGAAGCCAACUAAACCUGAAGAAAAUGAUGAAUUGGGCCCAUUGCCUGAUAAUUGGGAGAUGGCCUAUACAGAAAAAGGGGAAGUCUACUUUAUUGACCAUAACACAAAGACAACAUCAUGGCUGGAUCCACGACUUGCGAAAAAGGCUAAACCCCCAGAAGAGUGCAAAGAAAAUGAGCUUCCAUAUGGCUGGGAGAAAAUUGAUGAUCCCAUAUAUGGCACUUAUUAUGUUGACCACAUAAAUAGAAGAACACAAUUUGAAAACCCCGUCCUGGAAGCCAAACGAAAACUACAACAACAUAACAUGCCCAACACAGAACUUGGAACAAAGCCUUUGCAGGCCCCAGGUUUCCGAGAAAAGCCGCUUUUCACCCGGGAUGCAUCACAACUGAAGGGCACUUUCCUAAGCACAAUCCUGAAAAAGAGCAACAUGGGCUUUGGAUUUACCAUCAUUGGGGGAGAUGAACCUGAUGAGUUUCUUCAGGUGAAAAGUGUGAUUCCUGAUGGACCUGCUGCUCAGGAUGGGAAAAUGGAAACAGGUGAUGUCAUUGUCUAUAUUAAUGAAGUUUGUGUCCUCGGACAUACUCAUGCAGAUGUAGUCAAACUUUUCCAGUCUGUUCCUAUUGGUCAAAGUGUCAACCUGGUGUUGUGUCGUGGGUACCCUUUGCCCUUUGACCCCGAAGAUCCUGUUAACAACAUGGUGCCACCUCUUGCAGUAAUGGAGAGACCCCCUGUAGUGGUCAAUGGAAGACAUAACUAUGAAACUUAUUUGGAAUACAUUUCUAGGACCUCCCAAUCUGUUCCAGAUGUAACAGAUCGACCUCCUCAUUCUUUGCACUCCAUCCCAGCUGAUGGUCAACUUGACGGCACAUUUCCGCCUCCCAUUCAUGAUGAUAAUGUGUCAAUGGCUUCUUCAGGAGCUACCCAAGCUGAACUCAUGACCUUGACCAUUGUGAAAGGUGCCCAGGGCUUUGGCUUCACAAUUGCAGACAGUCCUACGGGACAGAGGGUGAAGCAAAUUCUAGACAUUCAGGGAUGCCCUGGCUUAUGUGAAGGUGACCUCAUCAUUGAGAUCAACCAACAGAAUGUACAGAACCUGAGCCAUACAGAAGUUGUGGAUAUACUGAAGGAGUGUCCCAUUGGAAGUGAGACUUCUUUGAUUAUCCAUAGAGGAGGUUUCUUUUCUCCUUGGAAAACUCCAAAGCCUAUAAUGGAACGAUGGGAGAAUCAAGGCAGCCCUCAAACAAGUUUAUCUGCUCCAGCUAUACCACAGAAUCUCCCCUUUCCAACCUCCCUUCACAGGAGUUCAUUUCCUGACUCAACAGAGGCCUUUGAUCCGAGGAAGCCUGACCCAUAUGAGCUAUACGAGAAAUCCAGAGCAAUUUAUGAAAGUAGGCGUCCAGAUUAUAAAGAAUUGGAUGUUCACCUUCGGAGGAUGGAGUCUGGAUUUGGCUUCAGAAUCCUUGGAGGAGAUGAACCUGGACAACCUAUUUUGAUUGGAGCAGUCAUUGCCAUGGGCUCCGCAGACAGAGAUGGGCGCUUGCACCCUGGAGAUGAGCUGGUAUAUGUGGAUGGCAUUCCUGUGGCUGGAAAGACACACCGAUACGUUAUUGACCUCAUGCAUAAUGCAGCCAGAAAUGGACAGGUGAACCUAACUAUAAGAAGAAAGGUGAUGUCUGUAGGGGAGCCCUGUCCAGAGAACGGGAGGAGUCCAGGCUCUGUGUCCACCCACCACAGCUCGCCACGAAGUGACUAUGCUACGUACACCAACAGCAACCAUGCUGCUGCCAACACUAAUGCUUCUCCACCUGAAGGCUUUGCGUCCCACAGCCUACAAACCAGCGACGUGGUCAUACACCGCAAAGAGAAUGAAGGGUUUGGCUUCGUCAUUAUUAGUUCCUUGAACAGACCAGAGUCCGGGUCUACAAUAACUGUGCCGCAUAAAAUUGGCCGUAUUAUUGAUGGAAGUCCUGCCGAUCGCUGUGCAAAACUAAAAGUUGGAGACCGGAUAUUAGCUGUGAAUGGCCAAUCUAUCAUCAAUAUGCCUCAUGCAGAUAUUGUCAAGCUCAUAAAAGAUGCCGGUCUUAGUGUAACACUUCGAAUCAUUCCUCAGGAGGAGCUGAACAGCCCAGCAUCUGCCCCCAGCUCUGAGAAACAGAGCCCCAUGGCCCAACAGCACAGCCCCACAGCUCAGCAGAGUCCACUGGCCCAGCAGAGUCCUGUGGCCCCUAACAGCCCUGUCACCCAGCCACCUCCUCCCCAGCCCCUGCAGCUGCAAGGACAUGAAAACAGUUAUAGGUCAGAAGUAAAAGCAAGGCAAGAUGUGAAACCAGACAUCCGACAGCCUCCAUUUACAGACUACAGGCAGCCAGCCACAGACUACAGACAGCCCCCACUGGACUACAGACACCCCCCAGGAGUGGAUUAUCAGCAACCACCACCCUUGGACUAUAGGCAACCACCUCUGUUAGACUACAGGCAACAUUCUCCAGACACGAGGCAAUAUCCUCUAUCAGAUUACAGGCAACCCCAGGAUUUUGAUUAUUUUACUGUGGACAUGGAGAAGGGAGCCAAAGGGUUUGGAUUCAGUAUCCGUGGAGGAAGAGAAUACAAAAUGGAUCUGUAUGUGUUGAGGUUGGCAGAAGAUGGGCCAGCAAUAAGGAAUGGAAGAAUGAGAGUAGGAGAUCAGAUCAUUGAAAUCAAUGGGGAAAGCACAAGAGACAUGACACAUGCCAGAGCAAUAGAGCUAAUCAAGUCUGGAGGGAGAAGAGUGAGGUUGCUGCUGAAACGUGGAACAGGACAGGUCCCAGAGUACGGAAUGGUACCUUCCAGUCUCUCCAUGUGCAUGAAAAGUGACAAGCAUGGGUCCCCAUAUUUCUACUUAUUGGGCCACCCUAAAGACACGACGAACCAAACUCCUGGGGUUCUCCCUCUGCCACCUCCACAGGUCUGCCGGAAGUAGUGGCUUCCCUUGAAGACAUAAUCUCACCAUUAUCUUCAUCGCAUCUAGCCCCACCCUCUGACCCUUCCCACCAGAUAAGC